AUGGCGGCUGACGAGAGAAAUCUCACGAUAAGACGCGGCCAAUUAAAAGGCACGGUUACGAGAUUCUUGACUUACCUACAAAGUGAAGAAUUGGAUCCAAAUCAAGUAUCAUUAAGAAGGGAAAAAAUCGAAGAAGUUUGGCAUGAAUUUGACCAAAUUCAAACGGCACUUGAAUUGACGGAGAAUUUAAACGAAAGCACGGCGUAUCGUAAGGAGUUCGAAGAUCUAUACUUUAAGGCUAUAGUAGAAGCAAAUAAAAUUGUAUCACUAGGAAUGGUAAAGGAGACUACCUCUGAACGAGGAAGUAUGGCGAUAGCGAGCGAAAGAAGUACAGGGAGAAACAGUAUGGCGCCUCAAGUGAAAUUAGCAGCAUUAAAAGUACCUGUUUUUAAUGGGGAUUAUUUAGAAUGGGCGUCGUUUUAUGAUACAUUUACGGCAUUGGUACAUACACACCCGGACCUAUUGCCCGUAUCGAAGUUUUUUCAUUUGCGCGAAGCGCUAUCAGGAGAGGCGUUGAACUCGAUAAGAAGUUUGGAGACCACAGCAAAUAAUUAUGAAAAAGAGUGGAGCAUUCUGUGUGCUAGGUAUAAUAAUAAAAAAGUGCGAAUUCAAGCUCAUGUGCGGGCAAUAUUUGAUUUGGAUGCGCUGCAGAGUGACUCGGCAAUAAAACUUAGGUAUUUUUUCGAUGCGUUGUCAGGUCACAUGCGAGCUCUAGAGGCGUUAGAGCAAGAACCGGAAAGUUGGGGGCCGUUAUUAAUGCACUUAAUUAGUACCAAAUUAGACAAAAAAACGUUACAAGAGUGGGAGGCGGGCAGCCCUAAAGACAGGAUUGCUGAAGUUUCAGAGAUAAUGCAAUUUCUGGAAAAUCGAUUUAAAAUAUUAGAAGCCAUCGAAUCAGCGAAAACUGCGGGUUUAAAGUGUUACGUGUGUCAGUUGCCGCACACUAUCUAUAAAUGUCCAACGUUAAUUGCUUUACCGAUAAAAGAGAGAAUAAAUAAAGUAACUGAAUUAAAAUUAUGUAAGAUUUGUUUACGUCAGCACGAAAAUAAAAAGUGCUUUGCGAAAUAUUGCUUCAAGUGUUCGAAGCCGCAUAAUACAUUGUUGCAUUUAGCACAAAUUAAAAAUGCAGAACAAGGUAACAAAAAUUCAACUGAAAAUGCAGAAGAGAGCACGUCGGCGGCAUCGUCAUCAAUAAGUGCGCAUACGCUGGUACAAAAUGACGAACAGGUAUUAUUAUCAACAGCGGUGGUGCAUAUACACAAUGCUAGCGGUGAAAACGUCGAAUGCCGUAUAUUGUUAGAUUCCGGCUCACAGUGUAAUUUAAUUACCGAAAAUAUGGUUCAAAAUAUAAGAUUAAAAAGGUAUCAAGUGCAGCACACAGUAAUGGGUAUCGGUGGGAUAACACAACCUGUUACGCGGGCUGUAAAUGUUUCAAUUACAUCGCGAUAUAAUAGUUUCAAUUUAAUAUUGACCUGCCUAGUGGUACAAAAGAUCACACAUUGUAUGCCUAAUAAUGAGGUUGAAAAUUGCGUAGCUCCCAAUGAUAUAAAUCUCGCGGACCCGUUAUUUAGACGUCCGCAAAAAAUAGAUUUGUUACUAGGGAACAAACAUUUCUUCGAAAUAAUAUGUGCCGGCCAAAUUAAACAGCACGUGGCCGGACCGAUAUUUCAGGAAACACGUUUCGGCUGGGUGGUAGCUGGACCGGUCUUAAGAAAGAGCUGUAAGGAUACCAAGAACGUAAGUAGCGUAACACACACGACAGCGUGUGUGGAAAAUGACGCGCAUUUUGAAAAUUUGGUAUCAAAGUUUUGGCGUAUAGAAAAAUUGGAGACGGACCCACCUUUAACAUUAGAAGAAAAAAUGUGUAGGAGUCAUUUUGACAAAACAGUCCAACGGGACAAAACCGGACGUUUUAUUAUCCGUUUGCCGUUUAAAAAUACAAAUAACGCGUCCGCAUUAGGAAAAUCGUAUCAGAUCGCAAGGCGGCGAUGGGCGGCGACCGAGAAUAGACUCCGAAAUAAUAUACCUCUACGCGAAGCAUAUACGCAAUUUAUGCACGAAUAUGAAGCGUUAGGCCAUAUGGAACGGGUAAUUGAAAAAGAGGACGAGGAAAAUAAAAAGAGUUGCUAUUUGCCACAUCACGCGGUUAUAAAUGAAAAUAGUACGACGACCAAGGUGAGGGUGGUGUUUGACGCGUCCUGUAAGACAGAAUCUGGCAACAGCUUGAACGAUUUAUUAUUAAAAGGGCCCGUUUUGCAGGACGAACUAGUAUACAUACUAGCGCGUUUCCGUACCUAUAAUUAUGUCUUAUCAGCUGACAUUACAAAAAUGUACCGACAAAUUAAAGUAGCUAACGAAGAUUGUAACUAUCAGCGGAUAUUGUGGCGAGCCGAUCCAAAAAUGCCAAUACAAGUUUAUCGUCUUACCACAUUAACUUACGGUACAGUACCUGCAGCUUUCAUAGCAACAGCUUGUUUAGAAAAAUUGGCUGAGACAGGAAACGAUUACCUACGUGCACGUGAAUCCAUAAAAAGGGAUUUUUAUAUGGAUGACUAUUUGAGUGGCGCGUCAACAAAAGAAGAAGCUAUAAGGUUAAAACAUGAAGUACUGUCAAUAUUAGGGCAAGCGGGUUUCGAGCUACGGAAGUGGUCGUCCAAUGACCCUAGUAUUAUAAAUAGUAAUAUGUCGGUCGGUGACAAAGGUGCGGGUAACGACGUGCGUGUUUUCGAUUGUGCGAUAACAAAAAUACUAGGCCUAUUCUGGGAACCGAGCGACGACGUAUUACGGUAUAAAGUAAGCGAAUACGUUGAAAAUACGGAAAUUAUUAACAAACGAAAAAUACUGUCCGAAAUAGCUACAAUAUUCGACCCCCUCGGUUUAGUAGGUCCAGUGGUAGUAGUAGCUAAAUUAUUUAUGCAAAAUUUAUGGCAGUUACGUGUAAACUGGGACGAACAAUUACCGAAAGACGUAUCCGACGAAUGGCUACAAUACAAAAAAUGUUUACCGCGACUAAAUAAACUAGUAAUUCCGCGUAUGAUUAUUAGUAAACAUAAAAUCAUAAAUAUCCAAAUUCAUGGAUUUGCUGAUGCAUCGACAAAAGCUUAUGGCGCAUGUUUGUAUUUACGUAGUACGGACGAAGUAGGUACACAUACAGUGAGACUUAUAUGCGCCAAAUCUAAGGUCGCACCGUUAAAAACGAUAUCAUUACCGAGACUAGAACUAUGUGCUGCGUUACUAUUGGCGCGUAUGCAGCAUCGUGUAAUUCCAAAAUUACGACUAGAAAUAGAGAGAAAAUAUUUUUGGUCGGAUUCUACUAUUACUCUUGCUUGGAUCUCGUCACCGUCCACCAGGUGGAAAACAUUUGUUGCCCACAGGGUUGGAGAGAUUCAGGAUUUAUCCUGCACUAGUGAGUGGUCCCACGUUAGUACACACGACAAUCCAGCUGACUUAAUAUCGCGCGGGUGUGAUGCGUCACAAAUUGCGGCUAUGGAAUUAUGGUGGUAUGGCCCGAAGUGGUUGUGUUUAAAUAAAGAGGAUUGGCCGGCAAAAAAUGAGGUUUUACACCAUCAAUUAAAUGGUAAAAAUAUUCCUGAAAAACAAAACGUUAUAGAAUUUUCCGGUAUUACCACGGAUACAUUUUCUAUAUUUGACAAGUAUUCGUCGUUGAAUAAAAUAAUACGAAUUACCGCCUAUUGCGUGCGUUUUUAUAAUAAAAUAAAAGAACCAAAAAGAGCAGAGUGCGGAGUUUUAACAACAACUGAUUUACAUAAUGCAAAUUUGCGACUUUUAAUUAAAGUACAAAAGGACCAUUUUGAAAAGGAGUUAAAUGAAUUAAAUUCGGAAAAUGGUCAGGUAUCGUCGAAAAGCAAGUUAUUCAGAUUGAGACCGUUUCUCGACGAAGAGGGAUUAAUCCGUGUGGGCGGGCGGCUAAAAAAUGCGUUAUCAUUAGGCAUUUUUCAAAAGCACCCCAUAUUAUUACCAAAAGAGUCCGCGUAUACAAAUUUGUUGUUUCAACGGGAGCAUGAACAGUUAUUACACGGGGGUCCACAAGCAAUGUUAGCGUCGAUCCGGCUGAAAUAUUGGCCACUUAAUGCCCGGAAUAUAGCUCGAAAGACCGUGUACCGUUGUGUGAAAUGUUUUCGAAUGAAGCCUACCGUGGUACAACCAAUCAUGGGUAAUUUACCUAGAGAGCGUGUAGAAAUCCAAUCUCGUGCAUUUCAAAUCUGCGGUGUCGAUUUCGCGGGGCCUAUAAUGGUAAAACAGAGUUUAAGGCGAAAUGCACCCGCGACAAAAGGGGUAGAAGCGUGUUUAAAUUCUCGGCCUUUAACGGCUUUGUCCUCGGAUCCUUCCGAUUUAUUAUACAUCACUCCAGCUCAUUUCCUAAUCGGAGACUCCCUAAUGUCUAUACCGGAGCGGGAUGAAACAAAUACUCAGGUAAACCGGUUAGACCGUUGGCGUCGCGUUCAACAAUUCUCACAAAUUUUGUGGAAGCGUUGGAGUCGAGAGUAUUUGCAUCAAUUGCAAGAGAGGUCAAGAUGGGCUAGUGAAAAGGGACCCAAAGUGGAUAUCGGCAGUGUAGUUUUAAUUAGUGAAGAUAAUCUGCCACCCUUACGGUGGAAAAUCGGACGAGUGAGAGAGGUGACACGGGGAAGUGACAACAUCAUUCGUACCGCGGUAGUAAAAACGGUUGAUGGCGAGUUAACCCGGGCAGUGCGUAAGCUGUGUCCACUACCAUUCGAAGGCAAUGAUGGUUAA